UUUCACGGAGCCUCUUUAUUAAUUGUGAAAAUUCGCAAAACAGUAAUAGAAAUUUUUGUCUUUUUCUUUUCAGAAAACUUCGACCACGCCCAUUACACCAACCAGCACAAUGCCAGUCACAUGCGAUAUUUGCGGCAAGACGUACACUAAGUCAAGUUCUCUUACAACCCACAUGCAGAUCCACGCUAAAGACCAACAGUUUGAGUGUACUCUUUGCCAAAAGAAAUUUUCCACUUCGGGCCAUCUGAGAACACAUCUAAGAACCCAUACCGGAGAUAAACCUUUCGAAUGUACCGUGUGCCAAAAGAAGUUUUCAACUCAGAGCAAUCUGCGAGCACACCUCGCAGUUCACAUGGAUGAUAGGCCUUUCGAGUGUGCCAAGUGUGGAAAGACAUUUUCUGUAUCGGAAUCUUUGAAAAAACAUCUCCGAACCCACACGGGAGAUAAACCUUUCGAAUGUUCUUUGUGCCCCAAAACCUUUUCACAAUCUGGAAGUUUGCAAAGACACCGCCGAACCCACACGCGAGAUAAGAAGUGUCUUAAGUGUACCGUGUGCCUCAAGUCAUUUUCUAACGCUCAAAACCUAAGAAGGCAUGCCCGAACCCACACAGGAGAGAAGCCUUUCGAAUGUACUUUGUGCCGGAGGCCUUUUUCUCGACCAGAACAUCUGCGGACACACCUUCUAAUGCACACAGGGGAAAAGCCUUUUGAGUGUAGCGUGUGCCAAAGCAAAUUUUCUUCUGCAGGAGACUUGAAAAUACAUCUCCGAACCCACACCGGAGACAAGCCCUUCGAGUGUACCGUAUGUCUGAAGACAUUUUCUCAAUCAGGCAACCUGAAAACACAUUUGCGAACGCACACAGGAGACAAGCCUUUUCAGUGUGUUGUGUGUAAGAAGAAAUUUCGUACUAGUAGCGACAUGAAAAGGCAUCUACGAACUCACACCGGAGACAAGCCUUUUGAGUGCAUUCUGUGUCAGAUGACAUUUUCUCAACCAGGACACCUACAAAUACAUCUCCGAACUCACACCGGAGAUAAGCCUUACGAAUGCACUGUGUGUCAGAAGACAUUUUUUGGAUCAAGCAACCUACAAGUACAUCUCCGAAUUCACACUGGAGAUAAGCCUUUCGAAUGCACCGUGUGCCAAAAGACGUUUGCAACAUCUGGCGAUCUGCGGAUACACCUCCGGACCCACACUGGAUAUAGGCCAUUUGAAUGUAACGUGUGUCAAAGGGCAUUUUCUCAUUCAGGAAGCCUUAGCAGACAUAUGCAAACUCACUCUUAAGGUAAUGUUCUUUUGAAUUGCCUGUACCAAAGAAGCUGUGCUCUUCGGGAGAAGGAUAUCUAUAUCUCCCACUCACGGAAUUGGGAAUGUUUUACUUACUAUUUCUUUCUUCCUGAUGUUUUCUCUGAAGACGUGUGUUGUGAGUAAAGCGAUCAGAAUAUUGUUCUUUGAUGUUACUUCGCUGAGUACUGGUUUAUGGUUACGAUUAGUUUUGAACUGGGAUUGAUGAUAUUUUUACGUUACUUGAUAAUGAUUUCUUAUUGCUUUCACUGAUUUUACAAGAAUGAAUAUAGUUUACUUUUGGAAAUCUGUUUGAACUUCAGUCUCUGUGUGUAGUGACUCUAAUCUUUGUUUCAAAUCUACAGUUUCUUUUA